AUGGCGGCGGAAUCAAACUACGACUAUUUGUUCAAAGUUGUGCUUAUCGGUGACUCGGGCACUGGUAAGUCCAACCUGCUUUCGCGUUUCACGCGGAACGAAUUUAGUCUCGAGAGCCGCAGCACGAUUGGCGUCGAGUUUGCGACCCGCAGCAUCAAUGUCGAUGGCAAGACGGUCAAGGCCCAGAUUUGGGACACUGCCGGCCAGGAACGCUACCGCGCAAUCACUUCGGCAUAUUACCGCGGUGCCGUCGGUGCGUUGCUUGUGUACGAUAUUGCGAAGCACUCUACCUAUGUCAACGUCUCGCGCUGGCUCAAGGAACUGCGAGACCACGCGGAUAGCAACAUUGUUGUUAUGCUUGUGGGCAACAAGAGCGAUCUGCGGCACCUGCGCGCAGUGCCCACCGAGGAGGCCAAGGCAUUUGCUGCGGAGAACAACCUUUCGUUCAUCGAGACCUCCGCGCUGGACGCAAGCAACGUCGAGCAGGCGUUCCAGAAUAUUUUGACCGAAAUUUACCGAAUUGUGUCCAACAAGGCGCUCCAAGGCUCGGACGACGUGAUCAAGCCCUCCGGCGGCGAGACCAUCUCUGUCCAGCCGAGCACCGACGACGGUGGCCAGCAAAAAAAGGGCGGCUGCUGCUAG